CAGUAAUAGAGAGGAAGGAGACACGUUAAUUAAUGAAAACACUUUAAAUGAAAAACUUGUUGAAAGUCUGCCUUCCAGCCUGGCUUCCAGUGAAGAGACAACUGGAGACAUGCCCACUGAGUGCAUUGAGACUGUAAGCCUUGAUACAGAACCUGAAUUGGAAGAAGCACUACAUGAGCAAAGCAAUCCAGCUGCAGACUCCUCAUCUAAAGCAAGUAGAUGGGGAGCUUGGGGUACCUGGGGAAAGUCUCUCCUGUCAUCAGCUUCUGCCACAGUGGUUUCUGGCAGUGACCAAGAAGAACUAGGAAAGCACCUAAAACUACAUGUAUAUAAAGCAGCAGUUCCCCCUGUUUUCCUGUCUCCUGGAAUCUGCAGCAUAGACAGACUUCCUGACCCUGGUAUCAGG